CCUUUUCUUCAUAGGAAUGAUUCAAUCUCUUGAAAUUAUUAUAUUCUAUAGACGAAUUGAUCAACCUAUAGAAAAAUUGUAAAAAAAUAAUUAGAAUAACUUAGACAAUGGGAAACUCUCUUUCUACCAGCUAACAGGACCAAUGAAUCUUUUUCUAAGGAAAUUCAGCGAGUUAUCUCAGAGUAUAGGAUUUAUUCCAAAAGAAUUCUAAAAUUACGAACCUACUAUAUCAACAAAACUGUGAGAUCUAUCUGCAACAUAUCAGCAGCUGUAGAAAGUUUGAAUUUUCGAAUCAACAAAUAUGGGAUCCAAAGCUGGAGAAAACCGAGAUAAAUCCUGCAGUAGUAGUGAGAUAUCUGUAAAUUCAGCUUUCAAUACCCGUUUCCAUCGUUUAUUGGAGAGCAACAUGCUCAGCGAUUGUGAAUUUGUUGUGGGUGAGCAAAAAACUGUUAUUAAGGGACACAAGGUGUUUUUUUCUCUGGCCAGUGAAGUUUUUCAAGUCAUGUUCUGUGGAGAUUUGAAGGAGACAGCCCCAGUUCAAGUUAUAGACUUGGAACCGGAAGGAUUUCAAGGUAUGAAAACAUACAUAUACACUGGUGAGAUCAAGUUUACAUCAGUCAUCCACGCUUUACACACUUACACCGCUGCACGUAAAUACAUAAUCCCAAACCUGCCACAAAAAUGCGUAGAUUAUAUUGAGACAAAACUGAAACCAUGCGGCGUUUUGGAGUUACAAGACACUUGUCGACUGUAUUGCAUCUCUGACUUCGAUGAAGUGUGUAGUAGAAUUAUAAACCAACAUACAGGGGAGGUUUUGAGUAGUUCAUACUUUCCAACUGCGAGCAUAGAUGCUGUUGAGUCCAUCUUGAAAUCCCCCUCACUGAAUGUCAAGUCUGAAGUGGAGAUUUUCUUUAAUUUCGAGCGAUGGGCUUUGGCUGAGAUUGAGCGACGUGAAAUUCCAGCCGAAGAUGUGGCCACGUGUUUUAACAAUCUCAAAAAACACAUUCGGUUCCUGACAAUGAGUGGGGAGGAAUUUGUAGAAAGAGUUGAACCAUCACCUCUUCUGACCCGUGAAGAGAAGUAUGCAAUUGCUAUCAAUAGAAUUAAAUUGAAUCCAAAGGUGACCGCUGAGAGUAUAUCAAUGAUUCAGGAGUCGCGAGCAAUGGAUUUCAAUAUAAAUGAUUAUAAGCACAAGAAAAUAUGCGAGGUUGUGUAUGAUGAGCUUGAAACAAAAGAUUUUUGUAUUGUAUCUCAAAGGUAUAUAAAUGACUUUGAAAUCUCAAUACAUGUUCGAUGUACCAAUUCUGCUCGAUCAAUUGAACUUGGAUUGUCACUAUUUUGUAAAAAAAAUCCAACACUUAUUAUGGCUAUACUAGUGAAGGCUCUAAAUACAAGAAAGUUAUGAUCAUAAAAUCAAAAUUCAGAGUACUUUCUGUGAACAAUUACAUUGAUAUUUUUCUUUGGAAUCAAAAUGAAUGCCUCAAACAUGUUCUAAAUAAUUUUCAUAUUGGAACUAGUUCCCACCAUAUGGGUCAAGAACUUCACGCCAGAAGCGAAUUUCCACUGUCAACAAUACAGAAAGACAGUCUGAAUGCUGAACAUUUUUUCAAAGAUGCUAAAGGAAGAAAUGUGAUCAAAAUUGAAGCAUUGUUUUCAUUUACAUUCGAUGCGAUCGAGAUUGAAGCUUAAACUCUUCUGUGAUCUUCCAAAUUCAGAUUUCUUUGUUCGAUACUAUCCACAAAAAUUCAAGUUGGGUGAAUGAUUAUGAAUCUUGUUCGGAGGUUUUAAGUUGAGUUUAGGUUUUGGGAGUUGAGAGAUACGGUUUUUUCGUAACAGUUUUGUGAAUAUUUUUUCGGAUGAAAGGAAGGACAAGUAUGAUUUUGAGAAUAUUUUUGUGUUCUGAUGUUGAACUACUCAUGGAAUUUUUGUGGAUUGAUGGUAUUAUUUAUGUUGUUGGAAAAAAAAUUAAAUUUGUAACAUUGGGAGAA